GUUUGUCUGAUUCCUCCACCGUUCGGUCCUGUCGAGCCCCGGGGAGGGAGGAGCUGCGUGACAGCGCCGGGGGUCUGGGGCCCGAGUGUAUCACCCCUCUCCCUCCUGUUCUCCUCCUCAAGCUACUGACUUUCCUGUGCUUUCAGAUGAGCACUCUGGCCCCCCUCUGUCCCACAGACAUGGCCAGCCCGGCCCUUAGUCCCGAUGAUUCAUCCCUAUCGGCGACUGUGAGUGUCUCACCCUCGGACUCGGAGAACCUUAGCCCAGAUGAGCUGGAGCUGCUCAACAAGCUGGAGGAACAGAACAGGCUUUUGGAAGCAGACUCCAAGUCCUUACGCAGCGUUACUGGAUCCUGCAGGACCAGCGUCACCUCCCCGGGGCCACCCCCUCUGGACCAGGAUAGCUGCGAGCUAUGGGGCCGUAUUAUCACUCACUGGGAGGAAUGGACCAGGAGGAAGGAGAAGCUACUGAAGGAGCUAAUCCGGAAGGGGAUCCCUCAUCCCUUUAGAGCCAUGGUAUGGCAGAUGCUGUGUAAUGCCACUGACAUGCCAGUGAAGAAGCAGUAUGCCGAUCUUCUCAGGAUGUCAUCCCCAUGUGAGAAGCUGAUUCGGCGGGACAUCGCUCGCACCUACCCUGAGCAUGACUUCUUCAGGGGCCAAGACAGCCUUGGACAGGAGGGACUGUUUAAUGUCAUGAAAGCGUACUCACUGAUAGACCGGGAGGUAGGUUACUGUCAGGGCAGUGCCUUCAUCGUGGGACUCCUUCUAAUGCAGAUGCCAGAGGAGGAGGCCUUCUGUGUCUUUGUCCGGCUAAUGCAGGAGUAUCGGUUACGGGAACUCUUUAAGCCCAGCAUGGCUGAGCUGGGCCUGUGUAUAUACCAGCUGGAGUACAUGUUACAGGACCAGCUCCCAGAGUUAAAUCUCCAUUUCCGCUCUCACUGCUUCCACACUUCUAUGUAUGCCUCCUCCUGGUUCCUAACCCUGUUCCUCACAACGUUCCCCUUACCUGUGGCCACCCGCGUCUUUGACAUCUUCAUUUAUGAGGGACUAGAGGUCAUAUUCCGAGUGGGAAUGGCCCUGCUAACGGUAAAUCAGACUGAGCUGAUGCAACUGGACAUGGAAGGGAUGUCGCAGUAUUUCCAGAAGGUAAUCCCGCACCAGUUUGACAGCUGCCCAGAUAAGCUGAUCCAUAAGGCAUACCAAGUCAAGUACAACCCAAAGAGAAUGAAACGAUUGGAAAAAGAAUAUGCUGCUAUUAAAAGCAAAGAGAUGGAAGAGCAGAUUGAAAUCAAGCGAUUGCGAACGGAGAACAGACUUCUAAAGCAGCGUAUUGAGACUCUAGAAAAGGAAAGUGCUGCAUUAGCGGACAGGCUCAUCCAGGGUCAGGUGACACGGGCUCAGGAAGCCGAGGAGAACUACGCCAUAAAGAGAGAGCUGGCUGUGGUGAAGCAGCAAUAUUACACUGCUGCUGAGAAUCUACAGAGCGCACAGAACCUUAUACGGCAGCUGCAGGAUAAACAGGCAGAUCCACGUAUUACAGAAGAGCUAGUUACCCACCUGGAGACGGAGCGAGAACAGUCCCGGCUAAGAGAGGCUGAGACACUGGGAGCCCUAAAGGAUAUGCAGGAGAAAGUGGUAGAGCUAGAAAAGCGGAACAGCUCUCUUCCCGAUGAGAGUAACAUUGCAUUGCUCCAAGAAGAAGUGCAAGCUCUGAGGAAGAGAGAAGCCCACGCUCUGCAGGUCAUGCGUGAAGAACAGCAGCAAGUGAUUGAGCUGAGUGAUCGCUGGCAGUCUCUGUCGUCCCGGGGUGGAGGGAUUUGGAAAGACUCUCCUCGUAAGAGUGCAACUGGGGACCUACAGGAUGAGGUUAUGUCUUGUCGGUUAAGAGAAGCCAUGGCUCAAAGCGAAACGCGUGAACUCCGCCAAAGAGUCCUUGUACUGGAAAGUCAGGAGCUGAUGCAUGAGAAACAGCUCUCAAGGCUGGAGAAAGAGUGCAAAGAGCUGCGAGAUAAACUGCAAAGUGAGGCCGCACAAACCAAGGCUCUGCAGACACAGAUGAGCGAGGCUAAGCGGAGACAUGCAGUGACAGAGUGCAAGAAUAAAGAAGAAGUGAUGGCAGUGAGGCUGAGAGAAGCAGACAGCAUGGCGGCCGUUGCUGAAAUGCGCCAGCGGAUCGCUGAACUGGAGAUACAGAAAGAGGAGGGGGUGAUACAAGGAAAACUGAAUGACUCCGACUCUUCCCAGUAUAUUCGGGAGCUGAAGGAUCAGAUUGAGGAGCUGAGGCAGGAGAUUCUUCUUCUUCGAGGUCACAAACCUUAUUCUGACUCCAUAACUUUUGAUGGACUGCACCUCUCCUCCCGCUCUGGGCGGGAAGAUGAAGACUCUCUUCCUUCCUCAGAUGAGGAGCUGCUCUCCCGGCCUCUUGGGGCCUUGCAAGAUGCCCUGUAUUCCCACUCUCCACACAAGUCUUGCUUCCUGCGGCCCCUCAGGAGUUCUGCCAGCUCUGACAGUGAAGAAGGAGUAGAAACCAAUGGAGCCACGUCUGAUACUCCCCCCGAGCCGGCAGAGGAAGAAUAGCAGGAAGGAUAGGAGCAGGAAUCACAACUUUAUAUUCUUUGUGGCACCAUAGGACGACUCAUACCUCUGAAGGAGGAGCCUCAAUAUUCUCUCUGAGAAGCAACAACUGAUGGGUGCUUGAUCUGCUCCUCCAUAUCCCAACAAGGGUACUUGAAGUUUGACCUGUAAGAGGACCAGUACCAAUCGCACUACUUCAUGCAGUAUGGAAUGAGACCUUCAUCUACACCUCAUAUGGGACUUUCACAGACUCUUGUUGGAAUUACCACGAGGGUUCUGACCGACUUCCAUGAGAUAAGCCCAUAGAUGGGUUUUAAUUUCACAUUUUUAUUCUAACACUUACCUGAAAGGUGAAUUUACAUUGUUCACAUGCUUUACACCCAUAAAGGACUAACCAGUAUCAAGGGAAAUGGGGCAAACUGGAAUGUGAAAAAACUAAACCCAUACUUGCAUUACAAAUAAUAAGGGACUAAAGAAAGCUCCACACAGUGAGAAAAAAAAAAUAAUAAUGUGAGAAACAACUACCAUUAUCAAUGAAUAUGGGAUGUUUUGUAGUGUACCUGCCACCGUAACACCGUGGAGGCAGCAAUUUUGUGGGUUGAACCAGUAGUCCUAAGAAUGAAGCUAGAACCUAUAAGAACUAGUACCUCAAAGAUAUCAGUAUUACUAGUUAAUGUACAGAUGUGUCCUAUACGGUCAUCGACACUAUGCAGACGCACGGGCGCAUGCAUCACUGCACCACUAUGAUACGUCUGGUUGCGUACGUUUGCACCUGCAGAUUUAACAUACACUGAGUAUGGAUUGCGGGAGCAGGUAUAAGCUGUGAGUCGCUUGCGGCAACGAUGGUAAAGGACACAUCUGCAUAGGUUGCAUUUGAAGAUUUGUUCAGAUCACAAAAUGGCUGCCUCCAUUGUGUAUUUUAUGAAGUUACCUCAGUGAUGUCCGUAGUCCCAAGAGAAUGAAUGCGUUCUCAUAAAUGUUAAUUUAGUCCACAAAGUGGCUGCCUCUAUUGUGUGAAGGUGACAGGUACAUUUUUUCAAGGCUAUGAGUCAGAAAAGCAGAAUAAUACCUCUAAAUAAGAAAAGGGAACACUCCAUUUAGAAUUACAGAAUGCUAAUAUGAUUUUAGACUACUGUAUAUUACAAAUUGGGCCACUGCUUCCUGUCUGUCUUUGAAGACUUGAACAUAUAACGCCACUACCCUAGCCAUAGUAACCAAUAAGAUUCUAGCUGCCAUUUUAUAUUGUAGAUUGGAAAAUGAAAACAGACUACUAUACUCUGUGGUUGCUAUGGGCUACAACAGAUUUAUGAAUAUGGUACCCUGUUAUUGCAUAAGACCACUUGUCUGCUUAGCUACAGAUACACAUACAGAGUAAGAUCAGAUGGCUACUGACCUAAUACAGUGUGGAACAAAGGGGCCUCCUACCUUGCCAAACUCUAGACGAGCCUCCUGGCCCUGCCUCCAGCCAGCCUUUGUCUAACCACUGCGCAAAACUGUACCAGCCCAGUACUUUUACUACAGUGUUACUUAGACUCUGACACUACAGAACAAAUUGUGUUAAUGUGUAUAUAUUUAUAUAUAAUUAUUUUUGUUCUUUGUAAAUGCUUCAGUGUUAACAAACCAAUAAGAUAUCUCUUCUUUUUUUAAUUUUUAUUAUUGCUAUCUCUUCAGAGGUGCAGGACUCCAUUAUACAGACAUAAAUGUCCACAUCAUCACUGUACUAGUGUAAUGAGUGCAAUUGUUACAGAUGUCCAAUAUACUGUAUUGUAGAAAGGACAGAAUGGUCCCUUUUUGUUGGUUCUUAUAAUGUAAAUAUAUUCAACAAGCGGCCCUCCAUUUGUUGUUGAACUACACAUCCCAUCAUGACCUGCCACAGUUCUGCUAUUAGGGCAUGGUAAAUCUGUGGCAGGGAAUGCUGGGAUGUGUAGUCUCACAGCAGCUGGAGGGCUGCAUGUUAAAUAUACCUGAUGUGAUGGCUUUUGUCUUGCUUUAAAUUAUUUCUAGGCUGUAACAUACAAAUUUUAAGGCCAAUGACCUCUCAAACUACGGUACAUAUCAUUGUAAGUGUUAUAUUAUAACAAGAUUGGCCAGUCUUUGUCUCUCUUGCCCUGUGUAGCUACAAAUCAGCAGGCAUUGCCAGUUGCAGCCAGAGGGCCAGGGCUUCUCUAAUCCUGUUUCUGAGGUACAUUUUAAAAUUUCAAAGUAAUAUCUAUAGGUGAGACCUUUCGCCUGAAACUAUGGCCCUUAUAGAGUCAGAAUAUAUCGGAAAAUGCACAAAAAUAUAAAUAUAUAUUUUACCAUAAAAGUGCAAUAAGUGCCCCCAACACAGACCACUGCAUAGACCGAUUCCAUUCACACUAUAUAAACUUUUACGUUUUUGUUUUUGAUGGACAGAAUAUUAAACUCUGUCAUGUAUUUUGUCUGGCUGUAUAAUGUCAGAUACUCCAGCGGACCUUAAUAUGAUGUCGUUGUGAACAGUGCACUAUGUUCCGUGCAAUAACCUACUUGCGCGCCUGUUGUUUAUAUGUGUAUAGUGUGUAAAUACUGCUAAGUGUUUGUCUCAUUUUGUUAAGUGCCAAAUGCACCAGUAGCAGACGCUGAAGGGACACCAUGACGGUUCUUGCAGGUUAAGAACUGAGAGGACAGUGAUAUGACAGUGGGUGCAGAGCUUCAGGAGGAUGAGCAAACAGUGUCCUACACUAAUCUGCCCUGGGACGGGGUGGGGGGCCGAGGGUCUCCUGGCACCUGCAUAGAGAGGAGGGAGUUAGUGAUAUGACAGACAUCUGGCAACUCCAGCGUUAAUGUGCAGGCACACAGGGAAUUGUGGGAGCGGAGUGAUGAUUGUGAUUUGGGAGUGACACUCUGCUGAAGGAGAUGUGGUAGUGCAGUAAUCCUCUGCAGAUACAUGAGGCAUGGGAGGGACAUGUUUCAAAUCUUGGAGACAAAGUGCCACCAAUCAGCUCCUAACUGUCACGUCACAGGCUGUGUUUGAAAAAUGACAGGAUCUGAUUGGUUGGUACUUUAUCUCUCUCCUAGCUGUAAUGCAUCUCCCCCAUGCUGUUUGAGAAGUGAUGGCCUGCAGGUACGUGACAGUUUAGCAGUUAGGUGACGGAAGCUCUGCAGGUGUCAGGUCUGGUGACUUCAUCGUUUCGUUUUGGGGUCUGCUGAGGAGAAAACUGAUUCUCUUAUACCUCUUUACAGGAAGCUGGUUUAAUGAAGACUCUGCAAAUUGUCUAUUUCUACCUGUAGUGUAGGUGCUGCACUGUGCUCCUUCUGCACUUUUACACUGGUCAAUGAGUCACAUGGCUGGCACCCCUGCUGUGGAUAUUGUAGUGGCUGAUGAGGCCACACCUUCACUUUAUUCAAUAAAUACAUCCACUCUGUUAUUAAUAAA